UACAAAACGCCUCUUCAAAUGUGGAUGAGAUUUUGGUAAGUAUAUGCAUGAUUCAUAAUAUCACAAUCUGUUCCUGCUGAUUCUUAAUAUUUGAAGUAUAUCAUAUCUUUGAGUGUUACGUUGAAACAACUUGGAAAGUAAGAAUCAUGCUGGCUUAACUAAAACUAAAACAUAACUACUAAUUCAUGGCAACUUUUAUGACACAGGCAAAAGUUAAGAUUCAAAUGUUUCUACUGUGAUUUCAAUCAUAAUUAAUUAUUAUUGAUGUUGUAAACUGUAAAAAUAAACAGUAUGUUAAUUAGUCUGAUAUAUUAUAUUAUGAAAAAGGAAAGAUAACAUGUAUGAUUUAUGAUUUCUGUUAUGAAAAAAGAAAGAUAAAAUAUACUGUAUGAUUUAUGAAAUGGUUUGUGAAACAAUUGGAAUAUUUUCUUAAGAAAAUAUUUAAAUUAACACUAAUUCAUCGAUUAAUUACUAGACUAACACCAAUAAAAAGCUUACUAUAAAUCCCAUGUUUUUGGUUAAAUACAUAAUAUCCAAUAAAAUAAGAAAUAAACCAGUAAUACAAUAACGAGUUUGUCUGUGUCAUAAUUAAUUUUCUCUAUUGUUGGUAACACUCAAUAGAGGAACUAUAUCUGGAAAUAUUACUUGUCAUUUAUCACUCAAAUAUUAUUAGGCCGUUGCUUCGUUUAAAAGUUAUAUAGUAUGAGUUAAGAUUAAAAACAUUCGCAAGCAAUUAGCUUGUAAACUUUCCAAUAAACCAAGUUGCAGAAUAAAAAUGUAAGAACAACCAUAUUUUGGGAAACACUCAAAACACUAAUGAGGAAAUUGAGGAGACAAGAUAUCAUCUUGAGGUUUGAGAGAUGAGGAUUCGGGUAGGCUAAGAAAAUCCCAGAAGACAUGGAAAACUCUCGUGCUUCGAUACCUCCCUAGUCCCAGUUCCAAAUUACAUUUGACAAUUUAAAACAUUAAACUAUCAUAGAAUACUCCAUAUAUAUAUAUGUCAUAUUCUACAUAUAAUAAUAAUUCAUGUCAUAAGGGAAACUGUUUUAGAAAGAAUUUAAAAGUCAAGAUCGUUGACCUUUAAUGGCCUAUAUAAACACAUCAUCGUUUCAACAUUCAACUGAGAGAAACACAUUGAGACUAUAGAGAGAGAAGGAGAAACAAAAGUAAAAGAGACAUGAGGAGUGACAUGGCACGUCUCAGGUGUGGGAAGACGAUUCCAUUGCUCGGAAUGGGAACUUAUUGUCCUAAAAAAGAUCAAGAGAGCACCAUCUCAGCCGUCCAUCAAGCCAUCAAGAUAGGGUAUAGACAUUUUGACACGGCAAAGAUAUAUGGAUCAGAAGAAGCUCUAGGAACUGCAUUGGGUCAAGCUAUCUCUUGUGGAUCUGUCCAAAGAGAAGAUAUCUUUGUCACUUCAAAGUUAUGGUCUAGCGAUCACCAUGACCCAAUCUCUGCCCUCACACAAACUCUUAAGACAAUGGGGCUAGAGUAUCUAGACAGUUACUUGGUGCAUUGGCCAAUAAAGCUAAAACCAGGAGUGAGUGAGCCUGUCCCUAAGGAAGACGAGUUUGAGAAAGAUUUGGGGAUUGAAGAAACAUGGCAAGGCAUGGAGAGAUGCUUGGAGAUGGGUUUGUGUAGAUCCAUUGGUGUUAGCAACUUCUCUUCUAAAAAGAUCUAUGAUCUCCUCGAUUUUGCUUCUGUUUCUCCUUCCGUUAACCAGGUGGAGAUGCAUCCAUUGUGGAGACAAAGCAAACUAAGGGAAGUGUGUGAAGAGAACAAGAUCCAUGUAAGUGGAUACUCACCACUUGGUGCGCCAGGGAAUUGUUGGGGGUCAACAGCUGUGAUUGAACAUCCUGUAAUCAAAUCCAUUGCCCUCAGGCAUAAUGCCACCCCAGCUCAGGUGGCUUUAAGGUGGGGAAUGUCAAAAGGGGCAAGUGUGAUAGUGAAGAGUUUUAAUGGAACAAGAAUGAGAGAAAACAAGAGAGCCUUAGAGAUUAAAUUGGAUGAUCAAGACUUGUUACUUAUCGACCAAUUGGAGGAGUGGAAGCUCAUGAGAGGAGAUUUCCUUGUUAAUCAAACCACAAGCCCUUACAAAUCCAUUGAACAACUUUGGGACAAUGAGAUAUAAUUGAUUAGGGCUUCACAUUAUUCCAUCCAAAAUGUAAUUUCGUCUUCAUAUUCCCGUUGCUUAUGAUCAUCCUUUUUCCUUUGGUAUAUAAAGUCUUUACAACAUGAUUGUUCUAUAAUAUAUCCUUAAAUGAUAAAACUUAUGUAACUUAGUAAAAGCUCUGCUGUUGUAUCCCAAGUACAAUUAUACAUUGAUGCAUCCAGAUUCUUGUAAACAUAAGAACUACUAUACGAAUAUUUAAGAUUGAAAUUUGUAUUUUGUUUUAUUUGCAAACCUAGUUUCAUGUUUAGUAAUUCUACAAUAGAUGACAUGGUGGUAUUAGAAAUAUAUUUUGUUUCGUUCUUUCGAAGAUUGAUAAAAAUGAACUUACAUGGCAUGAUCGAAAUAGAACAUGUAGCUUUUCUACUGAAAGAUAGCGACGAAGAGAGAUCUUUGGAGCUAUAAGCGCGGGUUAUUGGUUAGUGUAUUUUGAUGGAUUUGAAAAUUCAAACUAAAUUUAGUGUUAUUGGUUCUAUGAUUUUAAAAUAUGUAUAGAAAUCAUGUGUUAUUGGCAAUGUUUUUAAACCCGACCAGGACACUGAACCGGACGACUUACCGGAUCGUUGGGUCAU